UAAGUAGCCUUCUUUCGGUACUUGUGCGGAAAAACGUCAAAACCUGGUGCUCUUCUACGAGAGCUCAAUUUGUGCAGGCGAAAUGGAAUCCGAGGACCCAAAGCGGAACAAACCUACUAACCAUUCUUACACUUCAAUACAAAAAUCAAGCUUAAAAAUACCUGUUCUGCCAGCAGAACUCAUCACCGAAAUACUUUUAAACCUACCUGUGAAAUCCCUUUUGAAAUUCAGGUGUGUUUCAAAAUCUUGGCUUUCUCUAAUCUCUAGUCCUAAAUUUAUCAAGACCCAUCUCAGUAUAUGUGCUAAUAAUAAGGCCUGUACCCACCAUAGACUUAUCUUGUCAUUGGUUCAACCAGUCUAUAAACGUUCCCUUAUUUAUGAUCUUAUGGACUGUUCCCUUAGUACUUUACUUUAUGACUCUGUUACUAAGGCAUUUGACUUGGAUUAUCCUAUGAAAGACCCCCAAAAAUCUUUUGAGGUUGUGGGUUCUGUCAAUGGGUUGAUUUGUUUUACUAUUGAGCAACAAGACCUGUUUCUCUGGAAUCCAUCAAUUAGGAAGAUCAAGAAAUUGCCUGAUUUUAUUCCUAAAUUGAAUUUUGGUUACUCUAUCAUGCAUGGUUUUGGAUAUGAUGAGGUUCAUGAUGAUUACAAGGUAGUGGCUGUUUCCGGAGCUUCGAGUUAUGAUAUUUCACAUCAAGUUGAAGUUGAAGUCAAAAUAUAUAGUGUAAAUAGUGAUUCUUGGAGAAGUAUCCAUGAUUUCAAUACUGGGUGGAAAUUCAUUAGGUGGGGUAUGUUUGUGAAUGGGAAGCUUCAUUGGGCUGGUACUACUUCUGAGAAGUUUGAUUCUUAUAAUGGUUGGGAUAUCCAAUCUAUUGAUUUGGCUGAUGGGAAAUUGGGAAAGGUGGAUAAACCCUGCUAUGGAGAAGGAGAUUUUGAUCUUGAAAUGUGCCUGGGAGUGUUGGGAAGUGAUCUUUCUGUGUUUUGUAGUUAUCAGAGAACUCAAACCGAUGUGUGGGUUAUGAAGGAGUAUGGGAUCAAAGAAUCUUGGACAAAGAUGUGUAUCAUCAAGUAUCCUAAUGAUAUUGUGGGGAGUCUGCUCUAUGCACCCUUUUGCAUGUCAAGUGAAGGUGAAAUUUUACUUGAGGUUGGAUCAACUUUCAUAAUUUACAAUCCAAAGGAUGACUCGAUCAGAUACCCAAAAGUUACGAAUUGUGAUUCCUUUUAUUGGAAGAACACGUACAUUGAAAGCCUAGUUUGGCCCAUUUUUACAGAAUGAACUAAAGAUGCAUCAACAACGAUGGCUUUUUCAGACGAAGACAAUUAGUUGCCGAAAUUGAAACAGAGAAAAGACACAAAUUGUUGAAACUGAAUUGGAGCAGCGGAAGUAGAGUGGUGGAUAUGAAGGUCAAUUAAAGGGCAAUCCCACUAGUUAGAAAAAAAUAGCCUCUUCAGUACUGCUUUAAAGUGGGAAGACACAAGUUAUAUCAUCGUCUGUGCUUCUUGUGGUGUAAACAUUGUUUAGAAGAGACCUCAUUUUCCUAGCUGGUUUUUGGUUCCAGUGUGAACCUAUGCCAUUUAGGCCCAAUGUAUCACUUAUGUUUAGCUGGAUGAAACUUUAUUUCAGUUUUAUGACAAU